UCGGGCAGCAAGAGCUUUGCUCGCUCUAGGCAUGAAUUGGAUGGGGAACUUGGACGCCCCUCUCGAAGAGAUGAAGUCUUUGUCAAAACACACACAAGAAAGAAUGGAGUUCCUUCAAAACAAGCAGCACCGAUAAUAAAUCAAUUUCAAGAUAUUAUUGAAGAGUACCCAGAGCUGAAGGAAAAAACAAUUCAGCAAGGUGAUAUAUAUGCUAUAGUUUGUGGAGAAAAGGAGCCAAGAGGGCGUGUUCAUGGUUUGGGUCUAGGACCAACUCCCCAAGAUGUUGGUGCCCCUAGUUUGAAGUCAUACGCACCGACAAGGCUUCAAAUGGAAGUUUUGGCUCGUAAGAAGGCUGAAAGUUAUAAUGCUGUUUUAGAACAACGGAUAGUAGAAAUGUUGGCAGAAAAAGAAGAGGAAAGGAUGGCAAGGCAUGAUGUGGAAAUCAUGUCACAGAAUGGUUCUAAUUCACGAGCCCAGACACAGAGCCCAAGGUUCAAAGAACAUGAUGAUGAGGCACAAUCUGAUCCAGAAUGUGAUGAUGACGAUCAGUCUGAUGAGGAUCAGUUCUUGCUUGUCAAUAGACGUUUUGCGGCCCCAUCAGUGCCACCGCCCAAUCAGUCCGAUCAGUGUUGCCCCAUUAAUACAAACACAUCAGCCCCAGCAAAGAAAGAUGCGACUCGCUCACCACAUGAUGAACUUGUUGGAAAGGAAGUCAUAUUAUACGCCGUGUUGAGAUCUGAGCUACCUGUGGCUAAGGGAACAAUUGUUUCAACUAAUCCAACCACCUUGGUAGGAGGUCAGCCUCUUGGAAAGCAAUAUUGUGAAGUUAUUGUUAGUUUAGUGGUGAAACGGGAUGCGAUUCUGCCUCGUCCUCAUGCUGAGAUGAACAAUAUGGGUGAUGCUCUUAUGAUGGCAAUUGCAUGGCCAUAUAAAAAGUUGAAGGUUACCAAGGCAUCAAAAUCCUCCUUGGGUACUGCAGGCAGUGCUGAAAGAAAUGCUAAGAACUAGGAAGGAUGCUUGAAGCUGUUUACAAGUUCGAAGAUCACAUCAAGAUUUUGUGUUUAUUUUGUUUUGGAGCUCCUGCAGAUGAAUAUUUUGCACAAGCUUAAUGGCUGUAGUGAAGUGUGAUAGUUUGACCUGUAAUGGUAGAUGUGGAAAUGCUAAUGGCUUACUCAUAUGCAAACUUGAUGGCUUUUGGUUAGAAAUGGUGGAUGCUUCUGAUCAUAGAUGCAGACUUGAUGCCUAUGAGCUAGCUAGUUUUGUAUGGCUGUAGUGUGCAAUUGGACUAGCUUAUAGCUAGCUACCUCAUGUAUAUGGAAUUAUGGAUAAUUUAGUAUUAAUGUUAUAUGCUCACUUUCAGUGAA